AUGAUCAGGUAUGAUGCUAAUGGGUGCAUCAUAGAUUUCGAGUAUGUAUUGUAUUUUGAAGAGUCGUUGUUACCGCUGCAGCAAGGUAACCCUGUGACAGAAACAGAAAAUUUUGAAAAGUCUUCAGAAAAACCAACUGCUACAGCGAAUGAAUACCGGACGACGUCUACGUCAUCUAGUCGUGAUUCCUCAAAGCGACGACGCAGUUCUUCGAAAGAACGGAGGAAACGGUACAGGGUCGAAACUGACAGUAUGGAUGUGGAAAGCGAAAGCAUAGAUACCAUGCCUGUCGGUGCAGUUCAGUAUCAAAAACGUAAGCGACUGGAUAUGAUGAUGGCGGGUGGUGAUGAAGAUGUGAGGAACGUGACACCGGUGGCUCUGGAAACAGAGGACAUCUCCGAAGAAGUCCAGCGUCGACUGGAAAUCAAAGAAGAGCAGAGACGAAAAAGAAGUUCCAAACCCGAGAAGAGGAAACGGGACAGUAUGGCGUCAACAGGCAGCACUUCUUCUCCCGGUAUUGCAAAACCGAAGAAAAAGACCAAAACCGAGAGUUCUCAGGACGGUAAUAUUGACGUACCAUGGGACACUGGCAGGAAGAAGAAAAUUAUGAAGCCGUUUGACUCCGAACAGGGGUCUGACGUCGGCUCUUUCGAAGAAAAACGAAGAACAAAGCGUCAGAAGCGCAACUCCGGGACUCCUGUCUUUUGA